AUGGAAAAGAUCAAAAUCCCAUCUCCGUCCACGAUCCUAGACUCGCCCGAUCCGCGCCCGGCCGCGCGGGGAAAGUCUACUUCGCCCCCGAAGAAGGUGAAGCAGAUCGCCUCGGCUACCCAGAAACCCAAGCAGACCAAGUCUCGUAAUGGUUGCAUCACCUGCAAGGCUAAGCGGUUAAAGUGCGACGAAACCAAGCCCUGCUGCCACCAGUGCCAGCGGCGAAAGGUCACCUGUGGGGGAUAUAAAAAAGACUUCAAAUGGCGGCCCUUCGAGGAAACGAACCUGGCCGUCGGUCGGCCCACCGCCACAAAGGGUAAGAAAGGUAUCAUGCACCACGCGACCAAUAGAAGGAACAAACAGCCAUAUCUAGUGAACUACCCAGAACAGCUUCGAACUAACAUCGGCAUUCUUCCAGCUGAUGCAACCUUGCAGCCUCUCGUUGCCGUCGUCAAUCCGGAAAACUUCCCGACACCCCCAACCACCGAGCAAUCCACCUCACCGGUGCGAGUGCAGUCCAAUUCUUUUCACACCUCUCCCCCGGCAUCAUCGCUUCAUAGCUCCCCUAAAAGUGUCAAGAGUUUCCUGUCCACAGAGACCCAUUCUCUGGAUGACUUGGCUGUGCUUCAGGAGGAAUCUUCCACCGGCGAGGAACCCAUGCCGAUCAGUGCUUUCUCAAUGCCAGUGGACUUUGAUCCUCUGAAUUUUCUAUCUUUCCUAGAACCCUUUCAAAAUCCCGUACCGUUCGCAGAUGACUUCAUGGACCGAGACAUAGAUGGCGCUGCUUCAAUGGUCUUUGGCCCGCACGAGUUUCAACCAGCACCGGGAACCGCCGAGCUCAGUUUCUCUCGGCUGCUCGAAGAUGACAACUCGGAUAUCGAAGAGAUCAUUCGGCAAUCUGACCCCGGUGAAGGACCAUGGAGCUUGAGCUUCCUGGGACAGGAUGCCGGCCCCUUCGAUCUAUCCCGUUUCCCCAACCAGCCUACUCUAGCACCCGAGAGUCAGGAGAUGCUGGCGAUGCGAUUUGACAAGCUAACUUGUGGUAUCCUGUCUAUCAAAGAUGGGGUGACGGAGAAUCCCUGGCGAACCUUGAUAUGGCCGCUUGCGAAAAGUACGCCUGCCCUGUACCAUGCUAUCUUUGCCCUGUCGGCUUUUCAUUCGGCAAAGGAAAAUCCUUCGGUACGAGUACAAGGUGUAAGACACAUGCGGCAGAGUAUCACAUGCCUACGACAGCAAAUUCAAAGUAUGCGUGCCGACACCGCGCUGGCCACCAGCCUGGCUCUGGCCUUCGCCGAUACAUGGGACCAAAACACCCGCACAUGUAUCCAGCACCUGCGGGGUGCGAAGGCCUUGAUGUUGCAGGUUCUCAAUGCAGGUCUCGAAGGUGGCCUCCAAACAGAGGAGUUAGAUCGUAUUCGGUUUCUCUACAAUACAUGGACAUAUAUGGAUGUUAUUGCGCGCCUGACGUCGUUGGACGAGUCAGGCCCACAAGAUCUCGAUCCUUCGAUCUUUCAACUUCCCGAUGAUGCCGUGCACGAUAUCGAUCCAUUAAUGGGAUGUGCUUCCACACUCUUCCCUUUGAUUGGAAAGGUUGCAAGGCUGGUUCAGCGUGUUCGGAAGACGUCGACCAACUCAGUUUCCAUCGUCUCCCAAGCCAUGGAGCUGAAGGCUCUCAUAGAGCAAUGGGAACCGCCGCGCUGGUUUGAGCCACCAGAAGAUCCGACUUCAGAGGUACAGCACAGCAUUCAGAUGGCUCAUGCCUACCGCUGGGCAACGUUGCUCUAUCUGCAUCAGGCAGUUCCAGAGCUCCCUUCGGAGCCGGCAGAAGAGUUGGCGAAACGCGUGCUGAUUCUUUUGGCUACCGUUCCACCCUCAUCGCGCACGACUAUCAUCCAAAUGUUCCCCUUACUCGCUGCUGGAGCCGAGGUCGACGCAGAGGAUGAUCGAGAAUGGGUCCUGGAGCGCUGGUCUGUCGUCCAGUCUCGGCUGAUGCUUGGAGGCGUUGAUCGCUGUCUGGAUGUCAUCCGUGAGGUAUGGUCCCGACGGGAUAAACUCAGAGCUGAAGAACUAGAGCAAGAAAUGAUGAAUGCCCGACGACCUGGAUCAUUUUCUAGCGAUAAGAAAGCGAAGGCCAAUGUCGGCAUCUGCACGGGGGACAGAAGCUCUACGCCGCUACAUAGUCGUGUCAAUUCGGGUGAGCGUAUCGAGAGGUCUGUCCAACAAAGAAAUGGAGCAUCUACAUCCAAGGGCGGGUCAACGAGAAGGGGUUCUGCGCUCUCCUCACUGGAGAAUAUUGAGUUUGAAAGAACGGUGCGAAGCCGGUUGCAUUGGGUUAAUGUUAUGGGGGAGUGGGGAUGGGAGGGUGAGCAUACUUUUCGAAAGUUUCUUUGA